AUUAAAUUGGAAUGCACAACCAAAAAACGAGAUUUCGAGUUAUCUCAUUUUGCAACGAAACUCUUCAAAUACAUUACGGCAAUUUAGACAUUUUGCAAAAUGUGUAGACUUUACAACUGAAUAGGCAAAUCUUCACCUCUAGGUUACAAGCCUGCUCAUCAUGGAAGAAAACACAACAAAUUCAACUGAAAGACCAUGUGAAAUGCCAGCUCGUACGUUUUUCAUAUCUGUCUACACACUGAUCUGCUCGACAAGUCUGGUGCUCAACAGUAUUACAAUAUAUGUGUAUUUUUGUAAAGUUACUCAUAAAUCCAGCAUCACAGUGUAUCUGAAGAAUCUAGCUGUGGCCGACUUGUUCGUCUGCCUGUGUUUGAUAUUACGCAUAAUUAAAUAUGCUGUCAGUUCAGAGGAAAUUCAUCGUAUCUACUGUAACUUUGGGGCUCCAGCUUCCUACCUCAACAUGUACUGCAGUAUUCUCUUUAUGGGCUACAUUGCUGUUAACAGGUACCUGAAAAUUGUGCAACCAAUGAAGGCUCACAUUAUGCAAACAAUUCGUUCUACCCGCAACAUCUGCAUAACAACUUGGGCUAUAACUGUCACCAUUAAUUGUUUCUACAUGGUUGCUUUUGCCUGUACACUAAGUGCUUCUACAAGAAGUCCUGCGGAAGGUGAUUUUGACUGUGACAGUUAUCAUAACAGUUUGCUCAAAAAGAUUUACAUGGCCAUGCAGAUCACUUCCUUUGUAAUGUUUCUGUUUGUGUCGGUAUCAUUGAUGUUGCUUUACUGGUGGACUGUAAAGAGGCUCAGACAAGCUGAAAGCGCUGCUCCAGCACAAACCAGCAGCAUCAAGCUUAUCAAGUCUAAGCGUAACAUGAAAGUACUAGUUGGGGUUUUCUGUGUGUGUUUUGUGCCUUAUCACCUGGUUAGACUUCCAUAUGAGUUCAUCAAACCCCUGCUGCAUGAAUGUAUACAAGUUCAGACUUUCUACAUUCUAAAGGAGCUGACUGUGCUGCUUGCGAUGCUUAAUGCCUCUUUAGAUCCGAUUAUUUACUUUGUCUUCUGCAAGGCCUUCAGGCCCCAUAUAAGACUUCGACAGAGAUAA